AUGAGUAUUGACGCAGGCGGUCUUGCUCAAAUGACUUUCCAAUCCCCUUUCAACAACACCAACAUCGGUGUCUCCGGACCGGGCUUCGCGUCCCGCGGCAAGGCUUCGCACAUCAAGCGCUUGAGCGUCGCCCCUCCUUCCAACAUCUCCACCAUCGAUGAAACCCAGCAAGCCAAUAAUGUCUCAACUCCUCGAACCAGCCGUGGUCACCUCUUAGCCGGUCUCCGCACGGCCCCCAAAUCUGCCACCGUUCCUCCUGCUGCCAACGGACUGGAGCAAAGCCGUUAUGCGGAUCCUCAGUACGAUGCCGGAAGUCGCGUCCCGCAGACAACCACUGCAGCGUACUUUCCUCAGGCACGCAAGAUGAGCGGCAACAGCAAUGGUGCCUACCGUGAUCAGAACAACUACUCCUUCCAAGAGCAAGUUCUGGCGCCUCCCAUCCUCGAUUUUGCUCCUCAGGGUGGAUUAGACGGUAUUGAUCCCGAAGAGUAUGAACAACUAAUGGCUACCAACCGUUAUCUUGCCCUCCAGCAGCGACAGCUUCAACAACAGCUUGCUGAGAUCACUUCCGCUGCUCAGCAUUUGGGUCACUUGAACCUCAAUACAGGCUACACGAACAAUGCCCAGUCUUACCAAUCACCUGUCAAUUCGCCCAUGAGCAUUUACACCCAGCAGCUCCAGCAUGGGCUUCAGCCUAUUGUUCAGCCCGUCGCUGGCAGUCCUGGCGUUUUCUCCGUCUACAAUCCCAUGACUGGCCAGUCCAGCUUCGUGUAUGACAACGGGGCUCAGCAGCACACGGGUCCUGGAAGCACCGAGAACUACCGAGUAUCCUCCCCCCAAGCCGCCCCGGUCUUUCAGCGUCAAGCCUCCGACCCUUCGGUUCCUCGGUCUCAGAUGAGAAGCGUGUCGCCACCCAAGCCGACGCCCUCGCCCCAGAAUGAUGUUGAGCCUCUGCCUCCUCCAUCGGCUAACGCCUUCCGCCGUGGGCACCGCAAAAACCUCUCAUCGGUGAACGUCAAGACCACUGGUGAGUGGACACGCCCUACUGGUCCACGCUCGGCCGGUGUGCCUCAAACCCCUAUGACCGGCACUUUCGCUCCCGGCCACGGACGUGCUGGUGAGCAUCCUGUUCGCCAGCCCAAGGGUCCGCCGCUGCUGCAGGAGCUCACGGAGAAGCCCACGUCGAAGCAUGAGGGAAGCAAGAACUUUGCAACCCGCCAACGCCGUCGUGCUGUCCAUGACUUGGUGAAAGCUGGUCGAGAAAGACGCAACGACGUACGUCAGCCCGGCUCUGGAGCUGGCACUCCUGGCAGUGAGAACGAAUUCAACUUCUCUGCCUCGGGUUCCGACAGCGACUCUGUUCUUGCGGGCAGCACUAGCCUGACCAGCCGGCCCAGCAUCGGCAGUCUGGGGGUCGGUGCAAUUGGAUCUGAGCGCAAGGAGAAAUCCCGCGACCGAUCCUCUGUCGAUAGCAACCGAAGCCUUAGCGGCGAUGAGAGAGCAUUUAUUGAGAUUGAAGCUGCGCGACGUUCCACUCCGCUGCUCGUCCUCAGCAACGCCGAGAAGCGUAGGAGCGUGGUGAUGUAG